AUGUUGCAGCCUCUACUGUGCUGUAGGAGCAUCAGUGUCGGUACGAAGCUGACCUUGCUGGUGUUUGCUGCUGCACACAUGGCUGUGGGGACUGGACAAGGUCUCAUGGCUGAUUACCACUGGUCAAUGGAUGAGAUGACAAUCGGCGAUGGUAGCGAUUCUACACCUCGUGCACACGCGCACGGUUCCCCGUCACUAGUGGACGGCGUUAUCGGUCGCGCCACCUAUCUGAACGGACAUGAACAGCACCUCGACCUUGGAGAAUUCCCAGAAACCUGUUUAUCAUCACUGACGAACUGUGUUCGAGGCUUUUCAGUCGCUGCAUGGAUCAAACCGGGAAAUAAAACAAAAGAGCGUAGCUUUAUUCUCUCUACAGGCGGGCAGACUCCGAUGUCGCAAGGGUUCUAUCUAGACUUCGAGCCAGAAGAUGGAUACGAGAUAGGCGUCGGUGAUUGGUGGAGAGAAUGGAAAGUUACCUUUGACCUAAUGGAGGGAUUAUGGGUACAUAUCUUAUUUACAUGGAGAACAAAUGCAGGGCUUACUCUGUACGUGGAUGGGGACUUUGUGGCAUCAGACGCCUUGGGUGCAAACAGGACAGCGUCAACACUUCAGCAGUACGACAUGUUCAAGGCCUUCAACGUCGGGAAGCCGAAUCACCUGGCGGAUGGAUAUGGGGACGUCACUGUUGAUGAGCUAUCCUUCUGGAGCAAAGUUGUGGAUGUUGAAAGUCUAACCAUACACAAUUUCCUUUACCUGGGAUGCCAGAAGAGAAACUCAACCGGCGAUAGGGAGAUAAUCCAACAGCCAAUGAACGCGACCACCAUGACUGUCACAGUCUGCCGGCUGACAUGUGGGAGGGGCGGUUACGUCAUGUCUCUGCUGACCAAUGGCUCGAGUUGUUCUUGCACCUCGGACGCCAUGUUGAAUUUGACAUCGAAGGAGUGUUCAUUACCUUGUUCUGGUGACUCUUCUCAAAUAUGCGGUUCUAAAGGGGCCUAUAGUGUUUUUCGCUCGUCUGGGCUUAUUAUUCCGGAGCCGUCCGAUCCUGAGCCGAUUUCAGAGAUAGUUUUUGAAGCGGAAGGUAGUCAACCCUAUAUCUUAGUAUCUGACCUGGUGCGGUUCAACUUUUCGAUAAAGCCAGGAAGUGACGUCACGUUCUACAUCCGGUUCGGUGACGACACACCCGAGGAAGAGUCGAGCAACGGGGUUGUUCACCACGUUUUCAAGGAAGCGAAGACCUUCGUGGUGAAUAUAACUGCAAUGAACGACAUCAGCAGCGUAUGGAGGACAUUUUACGUCACAGUUGAGUCACUGGAAACGCCAAUCCGGCAUGUUGAAGUCGUGGCUAUACCAGCUGAACCAAAUCGACCUCCAGAGAUUCAACCAUUCCUCGUGGGGGGUCAGGACGCUACAUGUUGGUUGUCAUAUGGAGACGGUUUUGUUGUGGAAUUUGUCGCAAAGCAAAUAUCAAAUUUUACCAACACACAUAUUUUCCCCAAGGCUGGUGACUAUUUGGUGGAACUGAAUUGCAGCAAUCAUCUUGGCAGUAUGACAGCACAGACAAACGCCCUCUUGCAGGACCGCGUAGAAUUCCAACUCAUGACCGAGAUGUUAGAUGUUGAGUAUGGCGACUCAUUCAACGUUUCGUGUCUCAUCCUUAAUGGCACCAACUCAACGUUUUGGCUUGCGAUUGGGAAUGACUCAUCGGUGGCAUACAGAGAAUUCAACUCAGCACUCGGAAAUCUGACCUUUCAACUUGGACCAGACCAUUACGAUUGCCCGGGGACGUACGCCAUAGCUGUUUCUGCUUUCAAUCUUGUGACGCCUGUUUUGAGGCAAAUAGGAAUUGUAAACGUCUUAGAGCAGAUAACAAAUCUAACGAUAUCCGGCGAAAUCACCUACGCUACCCCUGGACAAAAUGUUGCUCUGCAGGCAAAAGCAUGGUCUGGAACUGACGUCCAUCUUGUUUGGGACAUACAAGGAUCGCCUAUGGGGGUGCACGCCGCAGAGGAUGAUGGGAGUUCUUCGUCACUGGGCUACGUGUCCUUCUCGCUACCUCGUAUUGGAGAGUACGAAGUGUACUUAGCAGCAUUCAACAACCUCGGCCAACAAGAGACCACGGCACAUGUGCUUGUGGAUAACAUUGUUCAAGGUUUGAGCCUGCGCAGUUCGAGUCCAGUCUCGAACCCGCCGGGGGAAGUUGUGUACGAGAUCAUGCUGCCUGGUGAUGACUCGAUCCCAGGGGCGGCUACGGCGGUCUGUCAGAUCUCGUUUGGAGAUGGGACCAUGAGUGACGCUGAACCCGUCAACUUCACGGCCACGAGCUUUUACGAACUUUCCCACGUUUUCAACCGGAGUGCUUUCGGCCUUCUCGUCGCGCGUGCAAAUUGUUCGAACGCACUGAGCUUCCAGGUCUUCGAAACAGAUGUCCACGUUUACGAACCGAUCUCUAUCACCAACCUCCUCGCUUCCUACUGGGUUGUGGAUGGGGAGUUUGAAAAACCCGGAUACGGGCCUGAGAGGAAGCUACUCCCGGUGGAAGAGCCGGUCAUCUUCACGGUGCAACUUGACACCGACGACGGCGACGUCACCACGCAGUGGUCAUUCGGUGACGGUCAGGACAACGCCACGGCGUCAUUGAAGACGUCCCAUCAGUUUGACCACGUCGGGACGUACCACGUCAUAGCCAACGUCAGCAACCCCAUCAGUGGCGACAUGGUGACGACGUCUGUUGAACUACAGAGAAGUAUAAAAUUCCGCUCCUUCACAGCAGUUGGAGAGAGGAGCACGGGGAUCGUUCUAAACUUCACCCUUGAUGUGGAAGAAUUCGGCCAGGAACAUUGCAUACUGUGGGACUUCGGUGACGGGUCAAGCAGGUAUCUUUACGGAGUCACUGCAUGUAAAGGGAAAGAGCAGUACAAUGAAACCGAUGUGAUAUUCGUGGAGUCGCGGAACUAUACCAUCAACAUGUCUCACUCGUACGACACGGAAGCUGGCUAUGUAGUCACCGCUGAGGGUGUCAACAAGGUGUCGCGAGUCGUAGCCGAGAUCAAGUUAUACAUCACCACGCGCCCCCUAACGUGCAGUUUCCCGCACGUGCAGAUGAAGUUCGGGCGUUACCCCACCUCCCCUGUCGUCCGAAUGAGAUCGUCCAGCCUGAAGUCAGAGGCAGACGUCGUCGUGCGAUGUGAAGUGACCAGGCUGGCCAACUUCACCUGGACUGUCAACAGAGUCGUCAACGUCGCUGACGCCAAAACUGGAUUGAUCGAGCCCCAGCUGGAAUUCGUCUCCACAUCGGAAUCACCGACACCGCAGAGACUUUUCCCCGCAAGAACGUUUCCGUACGGGUUGUACAGGAUAACCCUGACGGUAGCAAUGCGCGGUGUGCCGGGGAUGGUCGGGCAGGACAGCAUGUUUGCGGAGAUAGAGAAGUCUCCGUUAGUAGUCGCCAUCAGGGGAGGCACGUCACGAGCUGUGGGCUUCAACAAGACCCUAGAACUUGACGGGGUAAAAGAAACCUACGAUCCAGACGUUGGCAACAUCGAAGACAAAACUGGCCUGCAGUACAUCUGGUUCUGCCGCCGUGGACAUGAGAAAUUCCCGAUGACGGGGGAUGAGCUGGACACCACUGUCACAACUAUCCCAUCUGAGGACGAGCUACAACUGAUUCUCGAAGACAGGACCCUUGACAAUGGCGGAUGCUAUGGAACCGGCCCAGGACGACUGAACGUUUCCGCCGGAGUCAUGAAUUUGAACACCUUCUGGUUCUUCGCGAACAUGACCUACGUCUUCCGCAUCCGGGUCACGAAGGACGACCGGGUAGGCUGGUUCGAACAAGCGGUGUACAUCAGCCCGGGAGACCCACCGGAACUCAUCAUCAGUUGCGAUAUCAACUGCAUGUCCAAGAUGAACCCAUCACGUGAUUUUCAGCUGACAGUCACGUGCCUGACGUGUGUUCAAGGCCUGACUACCUACUACAGCUGGCAGAUCUUCCAUCUGCAGAAAGACGUGGACGUCGUUACAGAAAUACCCAACCUCAACGAAAUGACUUACAAGGGAUACGCCCUGGCCACGCCCUUUCAGAUCAGGUGCAAGAACUGGCGGGACGAGAGUGACAGACUCUCGCGAGAUCCGGCAAAGGAUCACGGGAAGGGACUUUUCUAUGAAUUCAAAUCUCGUCACUUUGGCGCCAGAGAAUUUGCGUUAAUCUACUACGGACUGCAGUCUUUUAUCCCUCCGACACCGUUUGAGUUGGGACCAAAGAACGACAACUACACCUACAAUGUCGUCGUGACCAUAACUGACGCAACGGGCGAAUCUACAGAUGUCAUGAUACCAGUAAAGGUAUACCCCGAGCCGAUCGUGAAUCUGACCUCCACGCUAGAGGAGGUUGUUGGCGGGGCGGAGCUGGAGUCCAUGCUGCAGUCCCGAAACAUCCAGGCCGCCACACAGCUCAUCGUCAGCGUCGCCUCGCUCCUCAACAACCGCGGGGACGACGCCAUUGUGAUAGAGAAGACGGAGAAGGAAAUCGGCCAACUAGAGGAGGAAGAGGACAUUGAAGAAGUCGACGUCGAAGAGAGCGCCGCACCCACAGAAAUUGUAACAACUGAGAACGCUACAACCCUUAACAUGACCACACUGGCACCCACAGAUGUCACCGAAACUAGCACAGCGAUGCUGACCACAUCGACUGUUCGUGUGGUCACCGAGGUAAAGACAGAGGUAGACCUGGCGCGGGAACGAGAGCUUGAAGAGGAGCAGACGAGACGACAGGAGGAGGAGGAGGCCCAACUAAAAACCAAGAGGGUUGAGAUGAGAAGCAGCUUGGUGCAGAAGCUGUCCGACUCGUCCAAGAGCAUGGGCGGGGUACAGGACCUGGGCGCCGUGCAGCAGUACGCCACGGCCAUGAAGGCUGUCACUCAGCGGACUGACGAGGUCAACGAAGGCUCUCAGCUGACCGUAGUGGACGUACUGAAGGAUAUGGUCAGUGCUUUGUCCACCUUCGCGAUCGAGGACGAAACGGACACAGAUGACGUCAGAAACGCAGCCAAUGACUUGAUAGGAGGUCUCGGCAAUGUCCUCCAGGCGUCUGUCCUGCCAGUAGAAGGCAUUGUGUUGGAACCACAGGAGCUUGGAGUGGAGGAAGACACAGGGGAGACAGACACGCCUCCUGAAAGUAAGCCGAAAGAAGAAACAGCAGAGACGAACGAGGGAGAUCUACAAGACGACCAAGAACCUUUGGAGGAACAGAACGUCGAAGAAGUCAUCAGAAAACGACACACAGCUAAAAAGGUAGCUGAACAAGCCCUACAAGCAGUUGAAGACGUGGCCAGUACGUUGUUCAAGCGGGUCCUGCCAGGAGCGCCCCCUGUGCAGCUCAUGUCCCCGACUCUGGAAAUGCAGCUGCAGCGGGACGAGCCUUACGCCGUGACGAACAGGAGCAUGCGCACGAUCAGCGGCAACUUCCUCUUACCCGAGCAAGACGUCAUGUUUGCUGACAUGAACACAACGGGCGUUCUCGUGGAUUGUAAGGUGUUGGCGAUGCCGAAGAAUCCGUUCAGUUACGUGGACAGCGCGGCGCUCGUCAAGUCGCCGGUCCUGUCCCUGGAGUUCCGGACUCAGGGCGGCACCGAGCUGGAGAUGCGGGGCCUGCGGGACGAGGUGGCGAUCGAGCUGAGCAACCCGGCAGAUCAUCCCCCUCAGUUCACAGAAUUGACCUUCCCACGGCUGAAGAUCUACAGCGUGACGUUCCGAGUGCCCACAGACAACAGCUCCGUGCACGUUCUCGUCUACCCCGAGGACCCCGCCGUGACGCUGACGGUGUACCUGCGGCGAGGGGGCAAGGCGACCCCGUGGGACUUCGACUUCCGUGCGGUCAUACCCCGUGUGACAGAGAACCACCAGAACAAAACGAACGUGUGGGCCGUGGAUGACUCCACCGCGGCCGACAUGCUGCAGACAUGGCAGGGCGUGGAUCACCAGGCGGCCGACGAGCUGGCUCACACCCUGUUCAUACCCGACACAGAACAGCUACAGAAGGGAAUCUACUACCUCGGGUUACAAGCAAGAGUUCUACCAGAAGAAGACCCUCCAGAUUCCAACCUUACAGUAAGAGUGGCAACGUUCACGUCAGGGUGUAGGUACUGGGACACACACACGGAAAUGUGGCGGCAGAACGGCUGCAGGGUGAGCCCCAUGUCCACGGUCAAAACAACAAAGUGUCUAUGCUCUCACCUGACGUCAUUCGGGAGUGACUUCGUCGUCCCUCCGAACACCAUCGACUUCUCCACGGUGUUCUCCAAGUUCGCGUCCCUGAGUGACAACGCGCCGGUCUUCUCCACCGUCCUGUCUAUCAUCGGGCUGUACUGCAUUGUCGUGGGGCUGGCGAGGAGGGCCGACCGGAAAGACAUCGUUAAGUGGGGCGUGUCACCGCUCGUCGACAACGACGUCCGACACUCGUACCACUACCAGCUGGCGGUCUACACGGGCAUGCGCAAGGACGCGGGGACUCGGUCCGGUAUCGGGUUCGUCUUGUCCAGCGACAAGGGUGACACCGGGACCAGGAGACUGGACGACAAGGGGAAGAAGGUUUUUGAUCGCGGCAGCGUCAACAACUUUCUCCUGAGCGUCCCCCGUUGCCUAGGCAACCUGCAGUACCUCCGCGUUUGGCACGACAACUCCGGAAAAGGCCGCAAUGCAUCUUGGUUCCUUGACAAGAUCAUCAUCACAGAUCUACAAACGGAAAAGCGGACGUACUUUUUCUGUGGCCAGUGGCUGGCGGUGGAGGAAGGUGACGGGGUGGUGGAGCGCCUCCUACCGGCGGCAGGAGAGGAGGACGUCCUGCAGUUCCAGAACCUCUUCGUCUCCAACUCUCGCAAAAACAUGACCGACGGGCAUCUAUGGAUGUCGGUGCUGUCCCGGCCCACCCGCAGUACGUUCACCCGGGUACAGCGGGCGUCCUGCUGCCUGCUCCUGCUCUUCACCAGUAUGAUCACCAGCUGUAUGUUCUACCAGGCACCACUGGACCCGGACGCACCCGGUCUGCACCUGGGACUGUUCUCCAUCACAUAUCAAGAGCUCUCCAUCAGCAUACAGAGCACGCUUGUCGUACUACCGGUCAACCUCCUUGUGGUCAACAUCUUCCGUAAGCUACGUGCCAAGGAUCAGGUGGCUCCAAGCAAAGGGAAUUACGGCAAGAAUAUCAAAGCAGUAAGUUCGUCAUCACUGACGAAAAGGGACACCGAGAAGCCCCGUGAAAAGUCAUCAAACAAGGAGAAAGAAAACAACAAACCAGACGAGACAGAACAUACACAAAAUCUACAUACGAAAGAUGUAGGGUCGCCGCACAAAAUGUCUACAACUUUGACAAAAGAACAAGAUCCGCAGCCAGACUGUCCCAGUCCGCAACUACCGAGGAAAAGUCAAGGAAAAGGGGAUUCGGGAAGGGCAAAAAAUGAAGACCAAUCCCUGCCAUCAUUGGCCGAUAGAAAUGAACAACCGCCAGUGCAACAGACUUGUGAAGGUUCGAAAACUGAAGCUUCGACACCACACAACGUUGUGCAGCACGUGAGGACUCUACACGGGGAAGAGACCAAGACACUCAGGAGGCGACGGUCUAGAGACGCGCUCGCAGCAACCAAUAAUCAACAAUACUGCGUUUCCACUAGCUUAAUUGUACCGUUAGAAGAUAGUCACACUGAAAAUGAUACAAAUCUUGAUUUUGAAGAGACAAGCAAUGUGCAAAGUGGUAGUACGCCAAGAGUCCGGGCUAAACCAUCUAAGAUUGAGCCGACCCCUCGUGGAUUGGAGAAGCGUAGACAGGCUCUCAAACGCACGUCAUCAUUGCCAAGGUCAAACGCAAUCCUUCCCUAUGACGACUCUGAAGCCCCUAUGGCCCAGUCAGUGUCAACUGAGUCACUCCACACUUCAGGAGACAAACAACUGAAACCUCUCCACGUUCGCUUAGAAGAAAGCGUAGCCCGAUUCGAAGAGGCCAAAAGACGCGAAGAGAAGAACAAAACAUCAGAGAAAAAGAAGGCAAAGCCCGAGACCAAGAAGAAGAAGCAAACAGCAAAGAAAAAUAAGCCGUUCCUGCUGCCCCAUUGGUUCUUGUGGGUUGCGUACGUUAUUGUGUACGGUGGCGCUAUGAUGUCUGGGUUCUUUACCAUACUGUACUCGCUGGAGUGGGGGUACAACAAGUCCACCCAGUGGCUGGUUACCUUCUUGUUGUCCUUCUUCCAGGACGCUUUGGUAGUGCAACCAGUAAAAGUGGUAGUGAUGGCCGCUCUGGUGUCGCUGAUAGUUAAGAAGUCAGACGAAGAAGAAACAGAAAAGGAGGACGACAAUAAUCAGCUGGGCGAAGACGAAGAGGCCGAGGCAGAAGUUCCUGACAGAAACACCCAACGUGGCCCUCAUCCGCAGCCCCCGAAGCAGGACCGUCUCCGCUCGGCUCGAGAGGUCAGGAUCAAGGAGCUGAAGAUGGAGGACGUGGUGAGGACCUCGGCACUUCACCUGGCUUUCCUGGCGGUCAUCGUCACCGUCAGUCUGUACAACAGGGGCGACCACGCGUACUACCUGCACCGGUCUGUCACCAACACCUUCCUGGAGAACAGGCAGUUCAAGCAGAUACACACAGUGGACGGUUUGUGGACGUGGACAGAGGAGGUACUACUACCGAACCUGUACCCUGACGUAACCUGUAGCAACACCAGUGUUCCACUACGUGACAGAAAGUUCAUCUCCGAUGGGACUUCUUUCCGAGUGGGAAGAGUUCGACUGCGACAGCUUAGAGUCACACCAAACCAGUGCCUAAUACCUGUGGUGAUGAGAGCAACUGUCCCGAAGUGCAACGUGGACUACUCCUGGACCAAUGAGGACACGCGUUCCAUGUCACAAGGAUGGGUACCUCAGACAGACCUCAGUAACCAUAGAAAUAAUACCAAUCAUGCCAUGACGACGCCAAAGACGGAAGACCUGGCUCCCUGGAGGUACGAAGACGCCAUUGAUUUAACCUCAGCGGCCUUUUAUGGUGAAUUACAUCUUUACAGAGGUGGUGGAUACGCUGUUGUCUUAAAGAACAACGCAAAGCGUGCUAAGACGCAGCUUUCUGGUCUCAAGAAAACUGCCUGGCUGGACAAGUACACGCGUGCUGUGUUCGUCGAGUUUUCUCUCUACAGUCCUCCGUCCAGUCUUUUCAUGGCAGUGACAAUCGUCCUGGAGUUUACAACCGUUGGUGACGUCACUAGGUAUCCCAGAAUCCAAAGCGUCCGACUGUACGGUGUUGAUCCCGUGAUCAUCACGUGCAAGGCCCUGUACUGCCUGUUCGUGCUGUAUUUCAUUGGACGCGAGGGGCGGAGGAUCAGACGAAAAGGCAGGGAAUAUUUCAGAAGCUUUUGGAACUGCGUAGAGAUACCGUUCAUUGUACUGGAGGUAGCGGCUGUUGCACUGUACGGAGUAAGAACGGCUUUCUGUAACGACGUUCUGGAUAAAUUGAACGAAAGAGGUGGUUUCGUUAACUUCCAGUCUGCCGCUUGGUGGAACGAUGUCUACAGUUACGUCCUCGCCUGUUUGGUGUUCGCCUCCAUAGCCAAGUUUCUGACGCUCUUGCGAUUCAACGGACGGAUGGCCAUGCUUUCCUACGUCAUCAGACGGGCGACCAAUGAGCUGGUCCAUUUCACCGUCAUGUUCUUCGUCAUCUUCUUGGCGUACUGUCAGGUCACAUACCUCCUGCUGGGGACGACUCUAGCCGGGUUUGGGACUUUUCAGGCCAGCCUGGAGAUGAUGUUUGCGAUUCUCCUGGGUGACGUGGACCUGUCCUGGGUGCUGAAGGCGAGUCCGCUCAGCUGUGUCUUCCUCCUCACCUUCAUCCUCACACUGGUGAUGGUCAUUGUCAACAUGUUCCUGGCUAUACUCGUGGAUUCCAUCAAACAUGAUGAUGUAAGAAGGCUGAAGAAGGAGAAUGAAUUGACAGACUUCAUGAUCCACCGUCUUAAGACAAUGUUCAAGUUGACAGAUAAGACGUCACUUCCAUCCAUCAAGACCACAACUCCCCAACCGGAACCCAAACCAUCCAUCCGCACCACUCACGAGGUGGCUACUUGUCCUUUGCCCUCCUCCCGGACUAUACCAGAUGUUGAGAACACAACAAAAGAAAAGGAAAAAGAAGGUAUAUUGUAUUUAUUUCAUCUAAAACAACCUACUUUAUUCCCAGUCGCAGAGACAAGCCAGAUGAAUGAACCAGUGGAGAACCCUACCGACCCAGCUGACGCCUUCGACGUUACGGACCUCCCGGGGAGAGUUGAACAUCUUUUGCACUAUGUGUACGGCCAGUAUGGCGGUGAUAUUACGGUAGACCAACCGCAAAACACCAUGCAGGCUUCCUCUCCUUCAGAGACUCCAGAUUCAGAAGAUGUUGACGAUGAGCUCAAGUACCUUCGCAAUGAUGAAAGUCCUACAGCCAGCCUGGACAGCUUCGAAUUGCAGCUGCAGCACGGCCAGACACCGCUAGGGCAUCCAAGAGACCAAAUUCGCACGACGUCUAGAGGUAACACACCACCAGACCGAGCAUCAGUGAGCCCAGUGACGCCUAGAGAAGGUCCGUCGCCCCAAAGUUAUGGAAGCAAGACCCCGUCUCCGGUGGGAGGUGCAGUUCGGUCAACUCCUCCUGCCAAGAGUGACACAAAGAAAUCUUCUAAGAGCGAUGAAAAGAGGUUUUAUCACAAGGUCAGUACGUCGCUGUCGGUUGAUGUGGUGGUCCACAUUGCCUCCAAAGAAUCGUCUGUUGCGGAGGAUUUGACUGACCCUGACCCAGACAGACCCAAGAAAAAUCUGGAUGUAGACACUCUUUCCUCCAAGCCUCCCAUAUCACCAAGGGUGCCAAGCACCCAUAAGAAGCAAAAUGCCGACAAGAAGAGGCCUCGUUCUGAUCGCAGACAGAAGAUGACUCGAAGAAGCUCCGUGUCCCCGAAAAGAGACUCGCAAAGAGAUGUCAAGAAGUCGGAGUACGAGGAUUUUGGCGACGCCUCGUGGGGUCGUGCCGGAGCCAGAUCUGCGACAAGCAGUCCCGUGGAUACCGACUGUCCGUCACCCCCGUACCCUCCACCGCCACGACCGUUUCUCCCGUCCCGGGAAGGUAGCACGACCGUCCAGCUGGCUACGGGCUGGCGUCGCCCCCGGGUUCAGAAGCUGAAAUUCCGCCACUCCAUGGCUGGGAACAUUUCGGAGGUCGGCGAUUCAGACAAAGCAUCGGGUCUACCUGCCUUCACACCGCGCCACAGUCCUGAACUCACCCCCAGGACGGAGUCACCAACAAAGGAUAAGGAGGAAGAUUCCAAGCGGCAAAAUACACCUAGAGAGGAGGAGUACUUAGAGGACGACGAUAACCCUUGGCCAACGGAAGAGGCGUCAAGUGAUAUGGAAGAGGAUGAUGACGUAGAAGGUCCCUAAAUUGGGCUAACUUGAAGUUCCCAACAAGCAUACGUGUAACAGUAUUUCCUUAAUCAGGUGCACUUAUAUAAUCUGUAAAUGCACAAAUUCAUCAAAUUUUCAAAUAUGUGCAUACUCUA